AUGUCUGCUGAAUACGAGGGUGCUAUUGGUAUCGAUUUGGGUACAACCUACUCCUGUGUUGGUGUAUGGGAGAGUGAACGUGUGGAGAUUAUCGCCAACGAACAAGGCAAUCGUACUACUCCCUCGUAUGUGGCAUUCUCUGAGAAUGAGCGUCUUGUGGGUGAUGCUGCCAAAAACCAAGCUGCCAUGAACCCCAAGCACACUGUGUUUGAUGUCAAGCGUCUCAUUGGUCGUCGUUUUGAUGAUCCUGAAGUCAAGGCUGAUAUGGUCAACUGGCCUUUUACUGUGGUGGAUGACAACGAUAACCCCAAGAUCCAAGUCGAAGUUGGUGGAGAGACCAAGACGUAUACGCCUCAAGAAAUCUCAUCCAUGGUGUUGAUCAAGAUGAAGGAGAUUGCUGAAGCCAAGCUUGGCAAAAAGGUCACCAAGGCCGUUGUUACUGUGCCAGCCUACUUUAAUGAUUCGCAGCGUCAAGCUACCAAGGAUGCCGGUAUCAUUGCUGGUUUGGAUGUCUUGCGUAUUAUCAACGAGCCUACCGCUGCUGCCAUCGCCUAUGGUUUGGAUGCCAAUGAUAAGAAGGAAAGGAAUGUGCUCAUCUUUGAUUUGGGUGGUGGCACUUUUGAUGUAUCACUCUUGACCAUUUCUGGUGGUGUGUUUGCUGUCAAGGCCACUGCUGGCAACACGCAUUUGGGUGGUGAAGAUUUCGAUAAUACCUUGGUGAACCACUUUGUACAGGAGAUCAAGCGUAAGCACAAGAAGGACAUUUCUGGUGAUGCACGUGCUCUUCGUCGUUUGCGUUCUGCUUCCGAACGUGCCAAGCGUACCUUGUCUUCACUCACCCAAACGACCGUUGAGGUGGAUUCCUUGUUUGAAGGCAUUGAUUUCCAAUCAUCCAUCACCCGUGCCAAGUUUGAAGAGAUCAACUCGACUCAUUUCUCCAACACCGUGGCCCCUGUUGAGCGUGUCUUGAAGGAUGCCAAGAUUGACAAGAAGGAUAUCGAUGAAGUGGUCUUAGUGGGUGGUUCGACACGUAUUCCCAAGAUCCAAUCGUUGCUUCAAGAUUUGUUCAAUGGCAAGGAGCUUAACAAGUCGAUCAACCCUGAUGAGGCUGUUGCUUAUGGUGCUGCUGUUCAAGCUGCUGUUCUUACCAACCAAGCUGGUAACGAAAAGACACAGGAUCUCUUGUUGCUUGAUGUGGUGCCACUUUCGCUUGGUGUUGAGAUGCAAGGUGGUAUUAUGGCUGUUGUCGUUCCCCGCAAUACACCCAUUCCUUGUCAAAAGUCCAAGGUGUUCACGACAUCCGGUGAUAACCAGACCACUGUCACCUUCCCUGUGUAUGAAGGCGAACGUCUCAUGACCAAAGAAAACAACAUGCUUGGUGAGUUUUCUCUCAGUGGAUUGGUGCCUGCUCCUCGUGGUACGCCUGAAUUGCUUUGCACCUUUGAUUUGGAUGCCAAUGGUAUCUUGAAGGUCACUGCUCAAGACAAGACAACGGGUCGCAAGGCGGAUGUGACCAUUUCCAACUCGACUCGUCUUUCAGCUGCUGAUAUUGAUCGUAUGGUGGAAGACGCUGCCAAGAAUGCCGAAUCAGACAAGAAGCGUGAGGCCGUUGUCCAAGCAAAGCAAGACCUUGAGUCGUAUGUAUACCAAGUCGAGAACAACAUCUCCGAUCCCAAUGUCAGCAUGAAGUUGCGUCGUGGUGAUCGUGAAGCUAUCGAAACGGCUCUUGCUGAAGCAAUGGAGUUCAUGGAUAUCUCCUCUGAGGAUGCCACAGUCGAUGACAUUAAGGGUGCACAAACAAAGUUGAAGCGUGCCACUACGCGUGCUUUUGCUCAUGUGUACUCUACUCGCCGUUAA